AUGGAGAGAGGAGGGUGGAAUAUUCAUAUGAGCUGAGAACAUUCUUUGUGGCUGGUGGUCCUCAUUCCCCACUUUAUUAAAAUAUCACAUUUCAUUUUGUUUUCAAAGGGCAAGCUCAAAAGAAACAUGAUGUCCCAGACCAUAGAGAAGAAAAGACAAGUCCAUUUAGCCAAGGCCAAGAAAAGAUAUCAUAAAAGAGCUGCACCUCCUAUAAGGCUGACCAGUUGCAUUUUUAAGAGGCCAGUCACGAGCAUAACUUCCCAUCCUGGCGAUGAGGUCAGGUACAGUCAACGAGACAGGGCCUUGGAGAAGCCCCAGCAAAUUUCUGUGUACAGGAGACUGCAGGGACUCCAGGCCUGCAGCAGGGAAGGAGAAAUUUUAAGUACUUUGGACUUCAUAAAUACCUCACAAGUGAUUGCACCAGGCAGUGCGGGUGCAGGGUCUCUACCUAGUGGCCCUGGGCCCAGCACAGUACCAUCUUCAGUCUGGGCAGGGAUGUUCCCAGGAGUGGGUCUCUAUCUCCCACCACCCAUCUGCAGACAGCUAGUAACACCUGGAGAUAUCCGGAGACAGACUCAGAAAGUGAAAAAAGCAAGAGAGAGACUGGCUGAGGCCUUGAGGGCAGACAGGAUUGCCACAGAGGUGGAGAGAGCCAGAAGCCAAGAGGGACAUUCUGACAACUAGAGGAAAAGUAGGAAAAGGUUGUGUGGAAGGAUCCAGUGGGGUGCUUCACCAUGAGACAGCCCCCAGUUUCACUUCCUUUCGAGAUGUCAAUCUGUUUCUUGCUCUAUACCACUGUG